GUGACGCGUGGAAAGAGAGGCAGAAAGGUGCCCAUCCUUCUUCUUGAGCGCACAAAAUCGUCGCUUGACUUCCUGAUUAAAAAACGGAGGGAAGUUGGCAUACCCCUUUCUGUUCGCCAGGCUUAACACAACAACCAAUCUCCGCGGGUGUGACUGUCUCAGAAGAUAUGCAGAAGAGAGCAAGGCCAAAAACCCUUAACUGCUGAGAUCAACAAAGUUAAGGAAACACGUUGCUACCUUAUGUCAGCUUCUCGACCUCAGCAAUCAGGAACUUGAGCAAGUUGCUCGUUUUAUGGGACACGAUAUCCGAGUCCACUGUGAGUUUUAUCGACAGACAGAUAAAACAUUCCAAUUGGCCAAGAUUGGCAAACUUCUGUUUGCGAUGGAGCAUGGAGCUGAGUCACUGAAAGGGAAGAGUCUGCAAACACUGGACUCCGUUCUCAGUGGCAAAAGACACGCAGACACCCCAACUAAAGAUCUGAAAGGUGUCAAAAAGAGAAGGAGGUCAGAUGCAGGAAUUCAACAGGAAGAUUGUGAAGAUGGACAGGAGCCACACUCAACUUCAGGAAGCUCAUCUGCUGAUAAAACAAAGUCUGCAACAUCUAGGCUGGAUGAUGAUGGUGAUGAAGAUAGUGGUGACUCUGAUCAUGAUGGAGAGGACACAAUGACUUCUGGCACCAGAUCCCCUAAGAAGAGCCGUAAGAAGACUGCAGUUAGAAGACAAUGCAGUGAUGUUGAUGCUCCAGAAAGGAAAGUCAGGAAUCAAGGUAAGAGACCCUGGAAUGACCAGGAGAGGACGGCAGUCAAGCACCGCCUUGCCAAGUUAAUCGCACUUAAAAUGAUUCCAGGAAAGCAGGACUGCCUGAUGUGUAUUGCCAAAGAGUCUCCAGUCCUAAGAGCACGGACGUGGAAAGAUGUGAAGUAUUUUGUGUACAAUGAAAUAAUUAAAGUUAAAAGAAAGCUUGCAUUAUGAACUGACUUACAACAGAGGGAGGAAACUAAGAUGAGGGAGUAAGCGGCUGAUUAUUCCGUGUUUGAAAGGGUGAACUAUUGUUUGUUCAUUUAUUGAAGUUCUCAAUAAGUGCAAUAUUUUAAUCACUGCACAAAUGUUGCAAGUGUAUUUUUUUGUGUGUGUGUGUCAAGACUACGUACUGAAUAAACCAGCAUUUAUUAUUAUUGUUCAU